AUGGAGAAGGAUAAUAGUAACAAGAAGAGUCUCUCAGAGAUACUUGACGUCCGGCAUUACAGGCACACGAAUUCCCCGGUAUUCUCUACAGCCAUUUUCGCAGUCAUAAUGCUGCUCGUUGUCGCGGGAACAAUCCUUUCAAACAUGUCUCUAGAAUCAACUUUCUUCUGGUCUUCACCGACCUCUGAGGUAACACAAAUGAACGGGAUGGAGAGAAAGUCAUUGGCUCCUCCAAAGAACACUACAAGCAGAGAUAGGAUGGCUUGGCUUCGAUCACAUCUCUCAGAAUUCGAGGUUUUCAGGUCAACUAACCUUUCAGAGCAGUUUCAUCAGAGAGUUGUUGAGUCUCUCGACGACAAAUGUGAGGUUAGAUUCUUCAUGACAUGGUUUUCACCAGCAGAGUAUUUUGGGAAAAGAGAACUUUUGGCUGUAGAAAGCGUCUUUAAAGCUCAUCCUCAAGGAUGCUUGAUGAUUGUAUCAGGAUCUAUGGAUUCUCUAGAAGGAGACAUCAUCCUAAAACCGUUACAUGAUCGCGGUUACAAGGUUUCUGCAGUCACACCAGACAUGUCAUUGCUGCUAGAGAACACACCAGCCAAAACAUGGUUUCAAGAAAUGAAAAGCUGCAAGAGGGAUCCGGGAAGGAUACCACUACACCAGAAUCUAUCAAACCUCGCAAGGCUAGCGAUUCUGUACAAGUAUGGAGGCGUGUACCUAGAUACCGACUUCAUCGUUACUAGAAGCUUCCAAGGGUUGAAGAAUACAAUAGGAGCACAAACUGUGGUUGAAGGUGAUUCAAAGAACUGGACAAGGUUGAACAAUGCGGUUCUGAUCUUCGAGAAAGAUCACCCACUUGUUUACAGUUUCAUAGAGGAGUUUGCUUCCACUUUUGAUGGGAACAAAUGGGGACACAAUGGACCUUACUUGGUAACCAGAGUAGCGCAGAGAGCUCGAGAAACGAUUGGGGGCAAUUUCACAGUUCUGCCACCAGUAGCAUUCUAUCCAUUCAAUUGGUUAGACAUUCCAAGACUGUUUCAGACACCAAGGAGCAGCAAUGAUUCGACAUUACUCAAAGCCGAUCUGGUCAAGCUGAACAGAUACAGUUAUGGACUGCAUCUGUGGAACAAGAUCACUAGAAAAAUUAAGAUCGGAAAGGGAAGUGUUAUAGACAUCAUAAUUUCAGACCAUUGUGUUGUUUGCAGAGGAAUUCAGAGAUAACAGAAAAUCAUUAUUAGGUGUGUUUGUGUUUUUAACUCCAAUCUUGAUUUUCUAGGUUUGUGUAAGAUUUUGUCCAA